AUGAAGUCGAGUGCUGCCUUCCAGGAAUUGGAUGCAAGCAUCCUCAGAGAGUGGAUGCAGAAUCUUCCUAUGCGAUCCGUUACCGAGAACAUGAUGCGAUGGCAGAGAUACUAUCACCAAACCUGCGGUGCCAGCUGCUGUUUCUCUCCAGAUUGCGCUUGCAUUCGCUGCUCCAGCUGCUCUUCGUCCUUGACCAGCCUCCCCCCAAAAUGCCGCUUUCAGUGCAUGCUUUGCGAGGUGCUACCGCCUGAGAGUGCGUUUGAUGGGCGCCCAGAAUACUGCAGCGAAUGCUUUGAAAGCCCAGAGGUGCUGCACUGGCAUGACGUUUUCUUGCGUGUGGACGAGGGGGGACGGCACUCCGCUGUCAAGCGGUUACAGGGCCUGGCUGAGCAACGUCGCUUUUGUCCAGCAGACUUUCCAGUUGCCGGACCUGUGUCGGAUGAUGCCGUUUGUGGGAUUUGCUGCUGUGAAUUCAGCUCCGAAGAGCCAGCAACUUGCGCCCCGGGUUGCACUGCAGGUCACGGGGAAGGGGUUGCUGAUCCUCGCAUGGGUGUGGUUGACUCACAAAGCCUUUAUCAUGCUGACUGUCGCAUGAGUUGGAUGCAGGCCCAAAAAACGGAUAUGUAUUGUGGUGAUCAGCCGCCUCUUUGCUGCAAAGUCUGUGCGUUUGAGCACGACUGCAUGGCAUGGAAGCAUGACUUUGGUCGUGGCAUCCACGCGAUUGAAGAAUAUUAUGCCAGCUCGGCAGCUGCACGGCCGGACGGGCUGGAGGCCUUGAAGCAGUUCCUUGUCGAUGAGUUUCAGCUCACCUUGACCGUGGAGAAGGGUAUGUGCCAUGCAGACUUCACGAAGGCGUACCUAGAUGCCUUGAAGACUCUGUACGACGAGCACCAGUCCGAAGCUCCUACCCACAAGGUAAGCAUUGGGCAUAUGGAGAUGCCGCAGCCCGAGAAUCAGAUCCAAACGCUACUCUCAGAGCUCCUGUUGGCUCAGAGGUGGAACAGCCAAGUGGCAGAUUGUUUGAUGUCCGAAUAUGCGCGUGAAUAUGCCGACUUCCGGCACUACUUGCUGGGCCACCUGCGCAGUUGCGCGGAGCAGGUGGGCAAAGUGAGUGGCAGCGGGCGUGCACCCGGAGCGUUCCAGGAG